AUGCCUGAAUAUUAUACUAUGGAAUGGUUAAAUUUACCUGAAAAUGUACCAAAAUCAAGACUAGCUGCUAUCCAACUAGCAUACGGUAUUCCUUCGAUUCUUCUAAUGUUUAUCAUGUUUUGGCUCAUGGGAUGCUCUAAAAAGUAUUCCAGCUCAUUUUAUAGACUGGUUCAAAUGGAUUUGUUAACUGUGACUAAUAACAAAGUCCACUUAAAUUACUUGUACAUUUUCCAGAACAUUGUUGGUUGGUUGAAUUCGUGGAUUGCUCUUCGCUAUGCGGAAUUUCCCUUCGGCACUAUUUAUAUUCGAUUCUUUUUAGGAUACGUUCCUUGGCUGUGGAAUGUGUCGAUUUUUAUCUACACCUGCAUGUUUCAUGUGCAUUUUUGCUCGGCAAUUUCCUUGAGUAUUCAUCGGAUCUCCUCAAUUUUAUUUUUCAACUCCUAUGAAAAGUUUUGGAGUCGUUAUUAUCUGGUAGUUUACAUUGUUUACUGCUUGUUCAGCUCACUUCCCAACUUAUUAGCAUCUGGGUUACCUCCUCGAUUGAAUCUGAUAAAUGGGACGCUGUGGUUUUCAGUAGAUAUCGAGGGCACAGAAAACUUCAACUUUGGCACUAAUGUUUUUGCGGUUGUCUAUUUUAUAUCAUUAGUGGGAACCGGGAUAGCCGUGCCAAUUAUAAUUGGAAGAAAGUUUCAGGGAUCUUUGGCCGAUAUUACGAUCUCGAAAAAGCUCACCAGAAUCGCGGUAACAAGUGGAUUUGUCUAUUCUGGAAUUCUUUUAUGGAGUUUGCUGAACGCAGUAAAUACAAAAUUCCAUCUUUUGCCAGAAGAAUACGCUUCGAGUAUUUCGUUUUCCGUUUUGAGCUGUGUUUCGGAUGUGAUGACAUUGGCGUUUCCGUACAUUCUUCUGAUAUUUGAUUCCAAUAUUAAACGAGACUUUUCAAUUGUUUUCCAAAAGUCAACGAGUGAAGUUUCCAGUACAGUACCUGUCAUAAUGACAUCUUGA